AUGUCUACUCUAGCCCUCCUUUUCCUCCUCGUGCUUCAGCCCGUAUGGGCUUCAUUGGCCGGCGCCCCGGCCAACAUGAGUUUUGGUAACAGCUCUCGUGAGCUAUAUACCGGUAACUCAAGCCACGGAGUGAUGCUGGACAGCGGCCCCUUGUUUGGUGGUCGUUGGCAGUACGACGACCUGGGGUGCGGAUGGGUCGACAACUGGAUUGGCUGGGUCAAUACUGAGUGCACGGAGUACAACCCUUGUGAAGAUAAAAAGCGCCUACGAAUGAUGUCGGCCAACGGUCAGGACCCCGACGUCUGGUGCAAGAACUUCAGGGCUAGGAUGAUGUUGAACUGCGGCGUCCGCUACCAUGACUUCUGGAACUGCAACAUCGGCCGAGCACCAGAGCUCCCGGGUCUUCGAACUUGGACCUAUGACGGGUGGGCCAACAUGGCCGUGCAGAGGUCUGGCGUGAACCUCCGAUUCGACUUCGUCGAGCCGUGGGAACACCGUGAUGCCAUGCACGACUGCGUCCAAGGAUCCAUCGCGGAAGCCACCUGUGCGAACACGCAGUGGCUCAAUGGCAACCGCUGCAUCCCGGUCAACUGGAGAGCAGCCGAUGGCUCCGACGAGAUGGACAAUUCUUUCGUGCCGCCUGACUCAAGGGGAUGCAUCCCGGACGCUGAUGUGCCCGAAACUUCAAGAUAG